AUGGAUAAUCAUAUCAAUAUUCCUAUGAUCAUCUCUUUCUUCUUCUUCUUGUUAUUAAUAAUAACCACUUUUUUCCCACAACUAUCCCACUCUCUACCACAACAACUACCUCAAACCUUAAACAGUUAUUCAAUUUGUAAGCAACAGUCUUACAACUGCGGAAAUAUCACCAACAUCUUUUAUCCAUUUUGGGGACAAGAUAGCUCUACUUACUGUGGUGCCGGAAGCCCGUUUUACCUAAACUGCCACGAAAACCUUACUACUACCAUUCUGUUAUUCUCACAAAAUUUCACAGUACUUGACAUCAACACUAAGAAACAUACAAUCAAACUCAAGAGAACAGACCUAUCUCAAAAUCUCUGUUCUCCUCAAUUUGAUGAUAUUGUUUUGUCUUCUUCACCUCUGUUUCACUAUCUCCCACACGUCAAAACCAUCAACAUAUACUUCAAUUGUCCUUCCAAUUUCUCUCAAUUUUUACAUAUAGAAUCUAUUUGUGGAUCUCAGAAUCAAGUAUUUGAUUCUGUUGCUUAUGAUGAGAGGCUGUUCAGGGAUUGCGAGAAUUAUAUUCAAGUGCCUGUAGGAGAAGAUUUUUCCAUGGAGAAAAAUCAUUUAAACCGUGAUGAACUUGUAAGUGGCUUGGAUAAGGGGUUUGAGGUGAAUUAUACUGUUAGUGAGGAAUGUUUACAGUGUUUGGGAAAUCAAGAAGGUGAUUGUAGAUUGAAAAACAUUGAUGAUUUUGAGUCCUCUUGCUAUUAUUGCCCAGAUGGAUCCCAUGCUUCUUCAACCCACUGUUCUUAUCAUCACAGUAGCUCACGGAAUUUGAAGAGGAAACUCAUUGUUGGUGUUGUUGGAGGUGUAGUAAUAGUAGCGUUGCUGAUGUGCAUCACAAUUUGUUAUAUUAGAGAAAUAAAAAAAAUGACAAAUUCAUUCAAAGUUAAACUUGGUCAAGGGGGUUUUGGUGUUGUGUACAAAGGAAAUUUAUUCAAUGGUUGUCCUGUGGCGGUGAAGAUAUUGAAUGCAUCAAAAAGAAAUGGUGAAGAAUUUAUUAAUGAGGUUGCAAGUAUUACUAGAACCUCACAUGUUAAUGUUGUUACUCUCCUUGGAUUUUGUUUUGAAGGGCGAAAAAAAGCGCUUGUAUAUGAAUUUAUGUCUAACGGUUCUCUUGAUAAGUUUAUUUACAAUAAGGGAUCUGAAACUAUUGAAUAUUUAAGUUGGGAUAAUUUGCAUCAUGUUGCGAAAGGAAUAGCUCGUGGGCUAGAGUAUUUGCAUAGAGGAUGCACCACUCGAAUUUUACAUUUUGACAUAAAACCACAUAACAUUCUUUUGGAUGAGAACUUAAUCCAAAGAUUUCCGAUUUUGGACUUGCAAAGCUUUGCCUUAGAAAAGAAAGCAUUAUUUCGAUGUCAGAUCAAAGAGGGACGAUGGGAUAUGUAG